UCCGCCUACCUUGCACAUCGUUUACAGUUGUCAUUCAACAAAACAUAUGCACCCAGAAGCAAAAUAAGCUCCUUUUUCAAGCAUGAUGAUACAAUGGCAGAAAUGUAUCGUAUGAUGGUAAGAAUCAAUUUCUAAGGAGCGACCGAAUAAAUAGACGAAUAAUUAUCUGAAGAACCUGGCACAGUGCAAGCGAGAAACGUCAGUCAAGGAUUUACGUCAAACACAUCAAGGUUUAGGGGAAGUGUCAGAACGAAUAUUGGAUUCUUUUCCUGCCGAUCGCUCUCAAUCGUCUCAUUUAUGAAUUCGGAUUGAAAAAUUUUGUCAGAUUAUUUUGCUGGGACAUUUAUAAUGUCUUCGGUCCAGCGUGCAUUUGCUCACAAAUUAAGCAAACAGCAUGCUGCCGAUGUGAGGCGGCAAAUUGCUACUUCUACGUCCUAUUCUCGUGAUUUAUCAAAGAGUGGUAGCAGUGUGUCAGGAUUUUCCUCCACAAUGUCCUUAUGUGAAGUAUUAGAACCACUUGAUUAUGAAGAAUUCUUAGGACAACAUCAGACAGUAUUGGAUCGUGAUCCUUUAAAACCAAUACUAGAUUUUCCACCAGGGGAUGUCGAAUUGAGAGUCGUAAAGAGAAAGAUUCGAACAGAAGAGCCAGUAGUACCACAUGAAUCAAUAGAUACCGUAUCACCUUAUGUAAAAAGAUGUAUCGAAAGUUUUACUUCAGACUGGAUCAUAAUACAUCGUAAAUAUAAAGGAAGAAUCUCACCUAUCGCCAGGGAUAGAUUACUCCAGGAUACACCUAGACAAGAUUUCGAGGUAGAUCAAGAAGAUGCAAACGGUUGUGUAUCACCGAAUGAGGAGGAUGAUUUGUCCAACUCUGGAGAUACACCGAGAGGAUCUUGGGCAAGUUUGGACUUGCGACAUUCGCAACAUGAUCCUCUUUUGCCGAGUUUAUUAGAUCGCGUCUGUCUUGAAACGAUUGAUCAGAUGAAUGAACAGAAAAGAUUGGAAGAUCGACAGGAAGCUUUAUUUCCACUUUACGCUCCCCCAACUUCUCCUGAUGAUGAAUGGCAAGAAAUCAGUGUGGCUCUGGAACCUACGGAGCCUUUUGCUCAUAAAAUUCUUGUGAAAUGUCUGCAAUUAAAAUUAGAACUAGAAGUGGAGCCGAUAUUUGCGAGUCUUGCAUUAUAUGACGCCAAAGAAAGAAAAAAGGUGUCGGAAAAUUUCUACGUAGAUAUGAAUUCAGAAGGAUUGAAAAGAAUGCUUGGAGGACACAUUGCUUAUAGCGAUGCAAGUACUUUGGCCAGAAGCUGCGUUCUGAGUAUCAGCAAACCUAGUCCCGAUUUGUUUCUUGUCGUGCGGUUAGAGAAAGUGUUGCAAGGUGAUAUUUCAGAAUGUGCUGAACCAUAUUUACGUGAAGAUAAAAAUAAAGAUAAGGUCAGAGCUGCUGCCGCUGCUGCCUGUGAACGCUUGGGUCGUUAUAGAAUGCCUCUCGCGUGGACUGCAAUUCAUUUGUCUGGUGUAAUUGGAGGCGGCGGUGACACAGAUAGUACUGGCAGUGCUGGAUCUUUAGACAGAAAGUCAGGCGGUCUAGAACAAUGGCGAAAGAAAGUGGAACCGCCAACGCGACGAGGUUCGCUAGAAAGACGGAGUUCGGACAAAAGACGUAGUUGGUCCCCCGACGAUUUUGCCAAUUGUCUCGAUAGCUUUAGACCCAUUACUUUAACAGUUUCGAGCUUCUUUAAGCAGGAAAGCGAACGACUCCGUGAUGAAGAUCUCUAUAAGCUUCUGGUCGAACUACGAAGACCUGGUUCUAACUUGAAACGAUUAAAAUGUUUACCAGGAAUAUUGAAACUGGAUCUCAGUCCCAGACCCGAAGAGCUGCCGAGAUGUCUCGAUCCUGAUCUUAGAAGAUUAGUACCAUAUCCAGAUGAAAAGAGUCGACCCGUUAAGGAAAUACUCGAAUUUCCAAGUGAAGUUGUUUCACCAGAUUUAACAUAUCGUAAUCUUCUUUAUCUCUAUCCUAAGGAAGCAAACUUCAGUUCCAGAACUGGUUCAGCCCGCAAUAUCGCUGUAAGAAUUCAACUUAUGGGAGGUGAACAAGAAGCUGACGCUCUCACAGCUAUCUUUGGCAGAUCAUCGUGCCCCGAAAUGACACAUGAAUAUUUUACUUCCGUGUCAUAUCACAAUAAGAAUCCAAAUUUCUAUGAUGAAAUCAAGAUGAGACUCCCUGCGGAUUUAAGUGCUAAACAUCAUUUAUUGUUCACCUUUUAUCAUAUUAGUUGUCAGAAAAAAGCGGAACAACCAAAUGUUGAAACAGCUGUUGCUUAUACAUGGCUACCGCUUUUAAGAGAUGGUCAUCUUCAAUCAGGCGAAUUUAGUUUGCCUGCUAUGUUGGAUCCACCACCUGCAAAUUAUUCUUACAUUGCGCCCGAUGUUCUCUUGCCAGGUACUCGAUGGGUAGAUGCUCAUCGAGGUGUUUUUACUGUCAUAUUGGAGCCCGUUUCAAGUGUUCAUCCACAAGACAAAUAUAUCGACAGAUUUCUAUCGUUAUGUGGCUUUUUGGAAACUGGUCAAGUUCCGCCUCGUAUCGGUGAAGCUGGCAUGGAAUCAGAAUUGAAAUCAGCCCUCCUCGAAUUAGCACGUGCCUCGCAUUCCGCCUUAGUGCGAUCGCUUCCCCAAUUGCUCGAUCAAUUAUUGUGUCUUCUAGUGCGACCGCCAACAUUACCAUCUCAAUCGUUGAACGUCGCCGCCACUAUUUUCGAGGCAAUAGGACUACUCGUACGAAAUAUUACUAAUUUACCAGAUGGUCAAUUAGAUGCGCACGGAAGACACGCGCUUUUGGCUACCUACAUCGCGUAUCAAUGCUCUUUGCCGAGUAUGACUCACAGCGGGGGCGUCGCGCGAGCUCAAAGCAAUCCUGAUCUACCUUUAGAAGAUUUAGAGAUGGAAAUACACUCACGAGGAUUGGAUAGAACCGCAUCUAUGCGGCAGGAAUCUCCCUCGAUCAACAGUCAUUCUACCAGAAGACUUUUACACGAAGAACUCGCUUUGCACUGGGUCGUAUCUACUGGUCAAGCACGGGAAUUGGCAAUAACCCAUUCCUGGUUCUUUUUGGAGUUGAUAAUGCGCUCGAUGGUCGUUACUCUAUCUGAAAUGGGAUCCUUGGAGGCACCGCGAAAGUUGAGAUUUUCGCCGCAAUUCUGUGACGAUGUCGCAACACUCACCGCUGCGUUAACAUCCGAAGUGAUAUCACGCUGCAGCAAAGAAAUUCGCGUAGCAUCCAACUUGAUAUCGAGCCUUGGAAACUUUCUGUCUGACCUAUUGUCCGUGAUGGAUAGAGGAUUCGUAUUGUCGCUCGUUCGCGCUGCCUGCUGCUCACUGUCGGAUGCGUCGAUGCAUAUUCCUGACUCGGCGGCGUUAUUUGCCCUAAAACUCGAUCUUGUAAGAACUGUGUGUUCACACGAGCAUUACGUAGCAUUAAAUCUUCCGUUUGGCACUGGCUAUACCUCGGGAUCUGCCCCGGCAUCACCAAGUCCAUCGACUGGCAGCUCAGGAAGUCUGAUAUCCACUCUUGUGCCCGGAGAUAGAACCCGGUUUUCGGAGCUCAGUCAAGAAUUCAGGCAGCAACAUUUCCUGGUUGGUAUUGUGCUAUCUGAUUUAGCGAACACCUUGGAGAUACCGAAUCCGAUGUUACAAAAUAAAGCUAUCGGGACUGUUCGACAUCUUAUGAGUUGCCACGAUGCUGAUACUCGGUAUACCGAUCCUGCGGCAAAAGCUAGAGUCGCUGCAUUAUACCUACCAUUGCUUAGUAUUUUGAUGGAUGCCUUACCUCAGCUUUAUCACUGGGAUUCCAAAGAUAAAAGUGUUUAUCCUGAUGAAUCCGGGUCGAUCACGCAAUCAGUAGCAUUGGCUAUUGCCGGGGGAGCAUCGGCAGAUACUGCAGGUAAUCAAUGCCGCGUAUCCUUGAGCUCCGAAGCUACUCGACAUCUGUUAAUGUGUGCCUUAUGGGUGCUCAAGGGUUUGGAGCGAACCGCUCUAGCGCAGUGGUGCUCCGAGCUUAGUGCAAGACGCAUUUUGAGCUUAUUACAAGUAUUGAAUAUCGCUACUGCGGCUUUCGAGUACAAAGGCAAGAAAGCGUUGAAAAGAUUGCCGCCUCAAGCCACAGUUACCAGCGAUAUCAGAUCGCGACUGGAAGAUGUGAUUCUCGGUCAAGGAAGUGCCAGGAGUGAGAUGAUGUUGCGGCGAAAAGAGAGAGUGACUGGUGAUAAAUUGAGAUGGCGCAAAGAUCAAAUGCCUUACAGAUCUUGCGAGCAACCGGAAGGAAGAGCUGUGGAACAAGAUGCUCAUAUAGAAGGAGCCUUAGCGGCAGAAGCUUCUCUUGUCGUUUUAGAUACGUUAGAGUCCGUAGUUCAAGCUGACGGCGGUGGAGGUGCGGUUGUUGGCGCCGUAUUGAAAGUGUUACUAAGAGCAUUGGCCAGAAAUCAAAGUACAUCGGUACUUCAGCACAUGUUCAAUACACAGCGGGCACUAGUUUUCAAGUAUCAUAGUGCAUUGUUUGAUGAAGAAAGCGAGCGUUGCGGGGAUUUAUGUUUGACAUUAUUAACUCGAUGCAGUUCACCUUUAAGCGCUAUUAGAAGUCAUGCAGCUGCUAGUCUGUAUUUGCUAAUGCGACAGAACUUCGAAAUUGGAAAUAAUUUUGCACGCGUCAAAAUGCAAGUCACAACGUCCUUAUCUGCUCUUGUUGGGAGAGGAAGAGCUCCUAGUGAGGGAGCAUUACGUAGAGCCUUGAAAACAGUGCUGGUAUAUGCUGAGAGAGACACAGAGCUCGCAGAUACGAGUUUUCCCGAACAAGUGAAGGAUUUAUUAUUCAAUCUUCAUAUGAUUCUUUCUGAUACUGUUAAGAUGAAGGAAUUCCAAGAAGAUCCUGAAAUGCUUUUGGAUCUAAUGUAUAGAAUCGCCAAGGGCUACCAAGGAUCACCCGAUCUUCGUCUCACUUGGCUCGCAAACAUGGCACAGCAGCACAUGGAAAGAAAAAAUCAUACAGAAGCAGCAAUGUGUUUGGUACAUAGCGCCGCUCUAGUAGCAGAAUAUCUUCAUCUAUUAGAACCCGGCGGUGGAGGUCGGCCUGUAGGAGCCGUCGCUUUGAAUGCCGUGACACCAAAUGCUUUGGAAGAAAGUGCUGUCGGCGAUGAUGUAUUGGCAAGAAGAGAAGAAGGACUUUGCUUAGGUCCUGAUUUUUCAGAAAGCGGAUUGGCGGGUUUAUUAGAGCAUGCGGCUAGUUCUUUUCACGCAGCUGGAAUGUAUGAAGCUAUUCCUGACGUCUAUAGAGUGUUACUGCCUAUAGCAGAAGCUGCACAUGAUUAUAAGAAAUUAGCUAACAUUCACGGUAAACUUCAUGAAGCAUAUACACGUGUAGAACAGUUGGCGGGUAAACGCGUCUUCGGAACAUACUUCAGAGUUGGUUUCUACGGCGCCAGAUUUGGUGAUCUUGCCGGCGAAGAAUUCGUUUACAAAGAACCGACUUUGACAAAACUCCCAGAAAUAUUUUCGAGACUCGAGAACUUUUAUGCCGAGAGAUUCGGCGCAGAUAAUAUAGUUAUAAUAAAGGAUUCGAAUCCUGUAGAUCCUAGCAAGCUGGAACCGGACAAGGCCUAUGUGCAGAUCACUUAUGUCGAACCGUAUUUUGAAGCGCACGAACUUAGACACAGACCCACAGUUUUCCAUCGGAAUUUUAAUAUAAAACGAUUUGUUUAUGCGACACCUUUCACUCCUGGUGGUAAGGCUCAUGGUGAACUGCGCGAACAAUGCAAACGAAAGACGAUAUUGACGGUGGCGACGCAUUUCCCAUAUUUAAAAACUAGAAUUCGAGUUGUAGCUCGAAAACAGAUUGUUUUGAGCCCCAUCGAAGUGGCAAUCGAAGACAUACAGAAGAAGACUGCCGAGGUUGCCGCUGCAACCGCUCAGGAACCACCGGACGCUAAGAUGUUACAGAUGGUCCUUCAAGGUUGCAUCGGCACAACUGUUAAUCAAGGACCCGCUGAAGUAGCAGUCGUGUUCCUUUCCGGCUUACGUGAACAAAAUGCACAACCCACCAGAUUGCAACAUAAACUUCGUUUAUGUUUCAAAGAUUUUCAGAAAAAGUGUCUCGAUGCUUUGCGGCGUAAUAAGAAUCUCAUUGGUCCUGAUCAGCGAGAUUAUCAACGGGAACUGGAGAGAAAUUAUCAAAGAUUGACCGAGAGAUUGGCACCUCUCAUUGCUUGGAGCGGACCGUCCUUAAUUAAUCAGCAAGCUGUACCAACAACUCCUCCGCGUUGGAGGGGAAAUGAAACACUGCCAUAGAAGCUUACCAAAGAUUACUGUAUUCAAUUAUUAAACAUAUAAUUUAUCAUUUAGCAAAUUUCACUUACAAUUAUUAUAUUGCGGAAAACAUUCAUGUGUUGAAUCCUUGCUUUAUAACAGAAUGGAAAAA